UAAAAAGCAAAUUGGAUUUUUCCAUUGAAGCAAAGCUCGAAACUUGCUCAAUUGGAGAAUCCAAAAAAAACUUUAUUCUUUAGCUAAUCUCUCUGUUUCUCUCUCUUAUCUCAUUUCUCACUUUUUUUUUCUUUCUGAAAUUGGGUUUUUGAUAGCUAUUUUAAACACUUAAAUUCAAUCAUUCAGCCAGGCAAAAAAAAAAAAAACAAUUUCAGGCCUAGACCAUCAUCCAUUUGCUAAAGAAAUAAGGCGGUGUUAAGUUGCCAAAUCAUUUCAUGGAGGGCAAGCAAUUGAAGUUCAAUCAACCUCUUUUGUCAGUAAGACGAAUCUCUCCGGCGAUGAUUUCCCAGAGAGAUGAGAAAAAGAAAACUGACAAUUCCUUUCCCACUAUGACGCAUCCUCCUCCUUGCAAAUCAGAAUUGAAGUCAGGCUUAGUGGUAAAGCCAGGAACUGUUCCUUUCCUCUGGGAACAUAGCCCCGGAAGACCUAAGGAUGAGAGCAGACCACAAACUCGUCUCACGGAAAAACCUCCUACCGCGCCAAAGCUUCCCCCUGGGUGGAAGUUAAGAGAUUACCAAGAUUUCAAUCAAACUGGAAAAUUUCAAAAUGUCAUGCCGAGUUGCACUUCUUUUUCAGAUGAAAAUGUAAAGAAGGUUGAGAGUUUUGACAGCUCAAAAGAGAUAAUGCACGAUAAGGAAAAGAUUGAAUUGGAGGUUGACGAUGAAGCCUAUUUGGAUGCCCUGGAUACACUUUCAAGAACUGAAUCAUCCUUCCUAAAUUGUAGUGUAAGUGUCUUAAGUGGAUUUGAUGAGCCGAAUGCAAAACAAUCUCGAACUUCUUCAACGAAUCCGCAGACUAAGGAUUUCAUGAUGGGUCGAUUUCUGCCAGCAGCUAAGGCAAUGACUUCAGAUAAGACUUCAGAAACACCUUACUACGUCCGCAAGAAGCAACAACCUGUUGAGGAUCAACGAAGACAGACAAAGAAUAUAAUACAUGGGGAUAGACAGCCUCAGUUGCGCUACGGACCUAGUUUUACACUUUAUCAUUCCCAAGCUUAUGAUUAUAUAGACUACGAAGAAGAAAGUGAUGAUGACUGUUAUGAUAGUGGAAAUUUAUCUACUAAAAUUUGUGGAUUGUUGCCUCAUUUUUGCUUGAAAAGUUCUUUUCGUAUGCUGAAUCCUGUACCUGCAAUGAGUGCUAGAACUCGAAUGCCCGUCUUUCCUGUCGGUAGAAUGCGAACUGGAUCCUUUUCUACUGCUUGUAGCGGAACGGAGAAUGAGCGAUCAACAUCUGAUGUAAGUGAGCAAAGGUCUGUCAUUGGAUACAUAACAACUGAACCACACGAGGAUAAGAAUGAUGCCGAGGGCAGGGCCUAUUCAACUUAUGCCAAUGACCCUUACGAUAAUAUGACAAUGCUUCGCACUAACGCGGAAGAAAAUAAUCCGGAAGUCAAGUGCUUGUCUGAUCAGAGCAAUAGCAGGGAAGUAGAUGUUUUAACUCCUUUUGUAGAGAAAACUCUGUACAUAGAUAUUGUGCAUAAAAUGGAUUCGUCAGUUAAGAUAUCAUGUUCUCCAGAUAAAAAACAAUCUAAGUUACAACACGAGGACGUUGAGAUACUUGAACAGAUGAUAAAACAAAAACCAUUUGUAGAUUCUUCACUUUAUUCGUCUGACACUUCAUUAAAGCCAUAUCUUCAAAGGAAAGCUGACUUCAAUCCACCACGUUCAGUGGAAAAACUGAACAAUGGAAGGGAGACGAAAACAUGGACAUCUACCUGUCAAGCUCAAGAUUGUUACCAAUAUGCAAUGACCUUAGCAAAGUCUGACAGUGAUGGUGUAGGAAAAAACAGAAAGCCAAUUCCGAGGAAAGAAAAGUUAGAGAACUCAUGCAAAGUGCACCCAGAGUUUCUUGUUCCACCACCUUUACCGAAAUCUCCAUCAGAUUCAUGGCUUUGCCGCACUUUACCUUCUUUAUCCACAAAGAAUGCAUCUUCACGGGCUUAUAUCGGGACAGGACUCAAUCCUAAUAACCAGUCUUCUAAGCCACUACCUAGUGAUUCCAAGUGGGAAACAAUUGUUAAAAUGACAGAGAAGCAACAGCAUUUGUGAAACUCUUGAGGAACUCAAGGCAUUGACAUAUAUAGAAGAAGCUCAGUAGAAGAUGUAAAGGCUUUUCUGAACUCCUCUGGUUUGUUUCUCAUGGCUUUGUUGUACAUAUCGAAAAGUAUGAUUGGCGCGAAGGUGACCGAUAAUAUAUUGUUUGCUGUAUAGACUCUAUACUUGUAAUGGCUUUAUAAGUGCAAACUCAUAUCCUGUAAUUACAUGAUGGAAUAAGAGUUAUCUGUACAGGUGAUCGUGAAACCUAAUGUAAACGUUAAUCCCUUGCUCGUUGUGAGGGAUUUGUGGAGAAACAUAGAGUAAUGGAGUUUCUUGUUGAUGUUUAUGGAGAA